AUGCAUACAAGAUUUUCCAAUCUAUCUUUUUCCCUCGCGUUUUUUUUUCUUUAUUUCUUGAAGGCUUCUUCUUCGUUCGUACAAACCCGCAGCCCUAUAUCUGACAUUAAAUUGACCCGAGAACUAUCACCACGAUUUCUAUCUCUCAUUUUCUAUCUCGCUAUUUCAACUUCUCUCUCUCUCUCUCUCUCUCUUUCUCUCACCCCUUUCCUUUCUUUCUUUCUAAUUCCCUUUCUCUCUCACACUUUUUCUCUCCUCCUCUCUCUAUCUCUCUUUCUUUCUCUCUCUUCUCAGCCUAGAACCCGAGAAGUAUAUUCUGUUUAUUACAUUCCCCACCCCUCUCUCUCUCUCUCUCUCUCUCUCUCUCUCAUUCUCAUUCUCUCUUCUUAUUUUAUUUUACAAACUUCGUCACAAGAUGUUGAUAACUUUUCUCCUUCUUUCUUUCUUUCUUUCUUUUAUAUAUUUACUUACAUGACCUCUUCGUAUAGUCUUGCUUUUCCUUUUAAUCGCUUUCUUUUUUCAUCGUUUUUAUCGGCCUUCCUCCCUUUUAUAUUUCUACUAACUCUUCGUUUUUAUUUUUCUGUCUUUUUCCACCUUCUUUUUAUUUUUACUUACUUAUCCAUCUGUAUCUUACAAUCUCUUUUCUUUCUAUUUGUUUUUAUAUUUAUUUAUUUCUGUUAUUUUUUUACUUUCUUAACCAUUUCGUAUAUUCAUUCUUUUCUUUUUAAUUUCUUUCCUUUUUCAUUCUUUUAUCAUAAACAUUCAUUCUGGGAUUUUAUUCUAUUCACGUUCUUUUUUCUUUUUAUUUUCAUUGUUUCCUACACAUUCUUCUUUUUUAGUGUUUGCUUUAGCUAUUCCGACAUUUUUCAUUCAUAUUUCCUUCUUUCCAUUUCUUUUUUAUUUAAUUUGCACCAGCCUUUUUUUCCCGCUUUCUUUCUUCUAAUUUAUUUUUUCAUUUUUUUAUUAUCCUCUCUAUCUCUUUCUACUUUUUUUCUUUUUUCUUACAGCCAAAGUCAACUAUUCCGUUUUUCUCAUACCUUAUUCAUGCUUUCUUUUUUUUUCUAUUUUCUUUUACUAAGUGAUUAUUCUUUUCUUCUAUUCUUCACCUCUUCUGUCCAUUAUACUUUCUUCCCAUCCUUUUGCUUUUCUUCCGUUAUAUUCCUUAUCUCGUUCUUCUGUUUAUCUCGUCUCUCUAUUUUUUUUUCUUUUCAUUCUUCUUUUUCGAAUUUUUCUUUAUAUAUAUCUUGUUGCUUCUUUCUUAUAGUUUUCUUCCAUUUUUUCUUCCUUUUUUUAUGA